AUGCCAGUCUACAAGAAAGUUACUCUUCUUGGUUCGGGCUCCUUCGGCAAGGCUUUUCUCGUAAUGGAAAAAGGAGGUGAUGGCACGAAGUUUGUGCUGAAGUCGAUCGACAUGUCGGGGAUGGACGCAGUGGCCAGAGAGGAGACACUCAACGAAGCCAAAGUCUUUGCAUGCAUCCCGCCGCAUCCUUUCAUCGUACGAUAUCGACGGAGCUACAUUCUGGAAGACCAGCUCUGCAUUGUCAUGGAGCACUGCGCAGGGGGAGAUAUGCAUAGCAGGAUUCAGCGCCAGAAGAAAAAAAACGAAAGGUUCCAGGAGGCGCAAAUCACCCUGUGGCUCGCCCAGGCUCUUUUGGGUUUAAAGCACCUCCAUGAGAGACAUAUACUGCACAGAGACCUGAAGCCACAAAAUUUGUUUCUUAAUGAACGUGACGACCUGUUGAUCGGAGAUUUCGGAAUUGCAAAAGUGCUGGAUUCCACUCAUUCUUGUGCUAGGACCACCAUCGGCACUCCCUACUAUUUCAGCCCGGAGCUCUGCCAGCAACAUCGCUACUCCUUCCCAUCGGACGUAUGGUCACUAGGUUGCAUUAUCUACGAAAUGGUAUCGAAUGCCCUCCCUCACUGCGCCCUGGCCGUUCCCUUCAGAGCUCAGAGUCUUAAGUGUCUCGUAAAAACGAUUGCGAAUACACCUGUAGGCGCGCAUCCUCCUCUUAAAAGUGCAAUGGAGCCUCUGUGCGUCCCGGCGGUCCCUUCUGUGUACUCCGCGGAGUUGAGGCAGCUCGUGACAGAUAUGAUGCAAAAAGAUCCAAGCAAGCGCCCUACCGUGCACCAAAUGGUCUCUUUGCCUUUUAUCCAGGUGCGUUUAUACAGCAGCGGCGAUGAGCAUGUAUUCGGUGCGUUCUGGGCGUCUCACUGA